CUUAUCCGCCACCACGUCCUGAGCCGCCCAUCUAUGCCGCCGCCGCCGACGGGUUGGCUCCUCCUCCACCCAUGCGCCCCCUCCCAAUCUCCAUAGCCUCCAACGACCAACUCCAUCUCCUGCCUCCUGCAACUAGUCCUGCCAGUGCGCCGCGUCCGCCGCCGGUGAAUGCCUUCCGCAAGGACUGCCCCUAGCCCCUCUGCCCCGGCGCUCCUCGGUCGUCCCCGUCCCUUUGCCUGGUCGCUAGGGACGUGCUGCUCCACGCCUCCUCCUGCUGGGAGCCGCCGCCGGCCGUGCCGGCUCUGGCGCUUUGCUCCGGCCAAUCCCGGGCUGCUCGCCUGCUCGGCCGGACCUUGCCGCCCAGGACUUGCUGUCAACAAAUAGCAAGCAGGCUGGGACAGGGAAAAAGAAGAGGAAGAUAUAUUUCAUUGCAAGUUUCAACACCCAGUGUUUCAGUUGGACUGAAUCAACUCCACAAAUUGGAACAACCAUAGAUUGGACCACCGCCUUUGGCUUCAAACAACCCGCCUUCAAUCUCAACUCGAGAAAGUGGCUGCACAUAUCCUCCAGGUUUCUGUAAUUGGGACGGAGUGUAUUUCCAGGCAAUGGAUCGAGGUUGGAUGAGUCAACCAAGAGCUAGUGCUACUUAGAAAGAUGGUGUCGAGCAAUUUCUGUCUUUUGCAUUCCAUGAUGUUCCGGCUGGUGAUAGAAUUCGUUGUCCUUGUGUAAAUUGCCGAAAUAAAGCUAUGCAGAGUUAUGAUGGAGUGAAAACUCACUUGAGAUGUGAUGGUAUUCUUCAAGGUUACACUAAGUGGGUUUGCCAUCGAGAGGAUUACAGUGAACCAUCAUUUGCAUUUGCUCAUGUAUCAGAUAACAGUGGCAAUCUAUCUAUUCCUGGCAUCCCAAGGAAUGUUGUUGGAGAAGGCAACCAUGGAAGGAUGGAUGACAUGCCAGGACUCUUAAGUGUUGUCUUUGCUAUGGCUAACAGUUGUGAAUCUUUAUCAAGAACAUCUGAUGGUGAAUUAGAUGGCGUUGAAUUUGAGAAUAUGGUACCUAAUUCAGUUGAGGAUGAGAAUGCAGAUACUCAAACAAGGAAGAAACCUAAUACAUAUGCAAGCUUCUCAGAGGAUGCAAACACGGAGUUAUACCCUGGAUGUAAAUUAUUUUCUAAGUUGUCAUUUCUCAUCACCUUGUAUCACAUGAAAUGCUUACAUGGAUGGUCACAAGAAUCAUUUGCAACGCUACUUGGUGUUUUGUCUGAUGCACUUCCACAGGCACAACUACCAAAGAAGUACUAUGAGGUACAAAAAAUCAUCCGUGGCUUAGGCCUUGACUACGAGAAAAUUCAUGAAUGCCCCAAUGAUUGCAUGCUUUUUCGAGGUGAACGAGCUGAUCAAGAGUCUUGCCAUGUGUGUCUAAGCAUAAGAAGAAACCAGCCAAGGUGUUGCGUUACUUUCCUUUGAUACUGAGUAUUCAAAGGAUCUUUGCAACAAGAAAAACAUCAGAUGACAUGCGUUGGCACGAUGAGGGUCGUACUAAAGAUGGAAAGAUACGGGAUCCAGCUGAUGGCGAGUGUUGGAAAGAUCUUGAUGCUAGAUACCCCGGUUUUGCUGCUGAUCCUCGUAAUCCGCGCCUUGGCAUUUCGAGUGAUGGAUUUAACCCUUUUAGGAGUAUGAGUUCAAAACAUAGUACUUGGCCAGUGAUGCUUAUCCCGUACAACCUAUCGCCUUGGAUUUGCAUGAAAGAAACAUCUCUAAUUUUAUCGAUGAUCAUUCCUGGACCAGCUUCCCCUGGGAAUGACAUUGAUAUAUAUUUGCAGCCACUGAUUGAUGAGCUCUUACAGUUAUGGGAUGGUGUAGACACAUUCGACGCUUCCUCGCAGGAGAUAUUUCCACUCAAGGCUGCACUGUUAUGGACUUUAAAUGAUUUUCCAGCAUUAGCUUACCUGUACGGUUGGAGCACAAGUGGUAAAUAUGGGUUUCCAUCAUGUGGUCCUUGUACAAGAUCAUUUCGCCUGAAUAAGAGUAUGAAACUUUGUUAUAUGGGUCACCGUCGCUGGUUACCACAGGGUCAUGUAUUUCGAAACCGAAGAAGGCAGGAAUUUGAUGGCACUAAAGUGACAGAAUUGGCACCGACAACUAUGAGUGGUAGUUCAGCUUUGAAAAGGUUGCAAGGCAGAGUGUUUGUGUUAGGCAAAAAAGGCAAUGUAGCAAAGAAAGCAAAGGGCGGAAAGAAGGUCAAAAACAGUGAAAAAGAAAAUGAAAUGAAUCAAGAGCCGAAGCGUAAAAGGAAGGCAGGCAACAAGAAGUCAAUUAAGAACCAAGGUAAGCCUGAGAAGAAGCCUGAGGAUUGGUUAAAAAAAUCAAUAUUUUUCAACUUGCCAUAUUGGGAACUUAACAAGUUAAGGCACAAUCUUGAUGUAAUGCACAUAGAAAAGAAUGUGUUUGAUAAUUUAAUUGGAACGUUGUUGGAUAUUGAUUCUAAAACAAAGGAUGGCCUUAAUGCACGGCUUGAUUUGGCAGAAAUUGGUGAAAAUGGAAUUCGACAUAAUCUUCAUCCUGUUGUAGAUGAUAAUGGAAAAAUAGUAUUGCCUGAUGCACCAUUUACUAUGUCUAGAAAACAGCAAGAAAUACUUUGUUCAGUGAUGCACAAUAUUAGGACCUCCGAUGGAUAUGCAUCAAAUUUUUCUAGGCAUGUCAACAUGAAAGAUUGUACAAUCUCAGGUCUCAAAAGUCAUGAUUGUCAUGUUAUUCUGGAAGAUAUUCUUCCUCUAGCACUUCGAUCCUGUUACCCACACAAAGAGGUCAUGGAAAUAGUUAUCGGGCUGUCUAAUUUCUUCAAGAAACUAUGCUCGAAAGUGUUAGAUGUCUCUGAGCUUGACGAACUUCAAGAGAGUAUUGUGAUGACACUUUGCAAUAUGGAGAGAAUUUUUCUUCCAUCAUUCUUUACUAUCAUGGUGCAUCUAAUGGUGCACUUGGUUGAAGAAGUUAAACUUGGUGGUCCAGUGCACUAUCGGUGGAUGUACCCCCUAGAGAGAUCAUUUGUUCGGCUGAAAGCACUUGUACGCAAUAGAGCAUUUCCUGAAGGUUCAAUUGCUGAAGGGUAUCUUGCCCAAGAAUGCUUGACCUUUUGUUCAAGAUUUCUAGAAGGAACUACAUGUUUUACAAGACCAUCAAGAAACCCCAAUCCUUCAGACAAGAUAAAAGAUUUGUACAUGUUCCAUAGUGCUGGUGAGCCAAUUGGAAAGGUUGUCCCAGUUGGGCAGUUUAAUAGCCGGCUUCUUAUUCAAGCACACCGAUAUGUCUUGCGACAUUGUGAUGAGCUUGCAGAUUUCCGCAAUGAAUUUGUGGCCGAAGAGAAUAGCAAACGAUGUGACUCAGCUAAUUUGACAGAAGCUGAUACCACUAAGUUAAUUAAUGAACACUUUGCUGACUGGUUGGAACAAAAGGUUUUACAAAGCGAUGGAUCAACUAUUACAGAAAAGGUAAGAGCUUUGGCUGCAAAACCCAACAGAUAUGGGGUGCGCUACAGUGGCUAUGUCAUCAACGGCUUUAGGUUCCACACGAUGAGUCAUGAGUCAGUGCAUGUCACACAAAAUAGUGGUGUAGUGAACAUUGCAGAAAAAUGGUGUUAGAUAUUAUGGCAGAUUAAGUGACAUCUUUGAAUUGUCAUACAAUGAUUACAAGGUGGUGUUCUUUAAUUGUGAUUGGUACGAUGUCUACCACAAAGUUGGCAUUCAAACGGAUGAGUUUGGGUUCACUCUUGUGAACAAGUCUCGGAAAAUACACACAGGAGAUGAGCUAGAGGAUGAUCCUUUUGUAUUUUCCUCCCAAGUGCAGCAGGUUUUCUACGUUCAAGACCCAAAAGCUGAACUAUGGAAUGUAGUAGUGGAAGUCAGGCCUCGUGAUCUUUUUGACAUGGGUGUUGACGAAUCAUCGGAUGAAACAGAUUAGAGCAUUGUGCUUUUGGUUCAGGCUGAAGUAUGGUGGAAGCUCUUUGCUGGUGUGGUUCUUUGCAUGCAACUACAAUUUUAGUUAUGGUUUUGGUAGCGGUUUACAAGCACAAAGUCAGAAUGCUUUAUUAUAGUUUGUGGUUGUAUUUUUUUUCGUACUAAUUCAGGGCACAGCCCAAGUGUACUUGGUUGUGAAUUUUAAGUUGAUUCUGUAGAAUUUCUGUUCCGGAAAUUAAGUAUCACAUUUGGUUUAUUGAUUAUUCCCACAUGUUGCAGUUA